UGCCUGAUAAAUAAACCAAAACAACAACACGUGCGUGCUAUGGUGCACCAUAAGUAAACUCAUACUUUACAGUCAGUAUUGGAAAUUUGCUUAUCCUUGAAGAUGACAUCUUUAGCAAAGCAGUUAGAGAGGCUUGCAGUACCACAUACACAGACUGUGUUUGGUGAAGAUAAAAGGAAGAAGUCAUUGUUAUUUGAUCCAAAAGAAGCUGCUGGGCUAGACAAGGAAACGUUUUUUGGUCUAGGAACUAAUGGACUUGAAGAGUUAGAAACCAUUGAUGAGAGUUUUGAAGAAUUUGAGGAAAAUCUGUUUGCCAAUUCUUCGUUAAGUUUUGAAAGAAGUAUACAAACAAAGGAAGUAAAUGACAAGCUUGAUGAAACAAUAGAUAGAUUUCUGUAUCGUUUAUCUCCAUAUUGUCUGCUCAAGCCAGCACACAAAGCAUUAGAAUGGCUAAUAUACAGGUACCAUAUUCACCAGUACAAUGUAGACAGUUUGAUGUUAUGUAUGAUACCGUACCAUGAGAGUAAAAUAUUUGUACGUGUGGUUCAACUUCUCAAACUGAAUUCAAAGCUUGCUACAAAAUGGGAUUGGCUGGAAGAGAUUCAGAAAACUGGAGUACAUUUAUCAAGGUCAGCAUUAGUUAACCAUUGUAGAACUGAUCCAGGAUUUAUGGCUUUGAUCUGUGACACUGUGAUCAAAGUUAUCAAGGCUCAGGAGUCAGUAGACGAAACAAUGCCACAAUUAAGGACAUGGUUUGCCUUUUACAUGACCACAGCUAUAGGUGUCAUGGAAACAGGUGGCAUUAAGGAAGAAUUUAUAGCCAUGAUAUUACCACACAUCAGUCAAGGGUUAAAAUCUAGUAUACCUAACUAUAAAGCAGCUACUUAUAUGAUGAUAGCAGAAUUGUUUCACAAGGUCACCUUGAAGGAUAAACUUCUGGCUACACUGCUGAAUACAAUCUGUAAGUACAUUUCACCACGGUUAUUGACAGAAGCUUUGUCAUGUAUGCUGUUGAUGUUCCAGUCACAGAAUAUUACAGGAUUGUCAAAAAGGGCUUUUAAGAGGCUGUGUAGUCAACCUGCACUGGUAGAAACACUGGUACCUUUAUGUAACCAGUACAAGUCAGACAAGUUCAUACUGGCUUUAUUAGAAAGGCUGAUUCCUGCCGCCAUUAAACCAAUAAACUUCAUGACUAGUGGCAGUGAUAGUAACGAGUCAGACACAGAAGUAGGUGGCAGUACUGAAUUAAAUGUGGCUCUACACAGAAUUCUAUCUGAUGUGGCUUUAGAGGAAGGUCAGGAUGAAGUGGUUAUAAGGAAUAUUUUGGAUAAAUUGAUGAAAUGUAGUGGAAAGUUUGAGCAUGAAGAAGCUGUGAAGGAUUUCUGUAACAAAUUCACUGUAACCAUGAGGAUGCUGGAAUCCAAAUACCCCAAGGCAGUUGACAGAAGUAUGGAAGACAUUCUACAGAAUGCAGAAUCUGACAAGACAAGAGAGUUAAUGGAACAAUUUAUGAAUCAGAUGGUAUUUUCUGUACAACACCAUCUUGUACCAGAAUCAAGUGCCAGUCUGACAUUAUCAUUAAACCAUCGUCUACCAACAGUCAGACAGAAAGCUACUGAGUAUUUAUUGAAAAAUCUUGAGGAGGCACCAGAUGAUGACUUUGUCAAUGAUGUCUUACUGAACCGCCUGAGGGAUGACGAUAAAGAUGUUGUCAAAGCUGCUUUGGAAUCAGGAUCAAAAAUAUGGGAUUUGGUGACAGAGAAGGAUGAAUUGAUGAAAGUAUUAAAACUGUUGUUAGAGAAGGUGGAUAGAGAUUCUGGGUGGAAAGAUAUGAUGUUGUCAAUACUAGAAGUUCUCUGUAGCUGUGAAGAAGAUAAAGAUGAUGAUCAGAUAUUACUAACGUUAUUUCCAUUUUUCCUGAUCACUGAUUGGAAAGGAUAUGAACAUGUGGCGUUCAUCCUUAAUUCACCUUUGGCUAAGAGACAUAAACUUUUAAAACAUGUCAGCCAGACAUGGGGUGUACAGAAAACAUCUGGUUCACCUAUCAAAUCACCAAAAUCACCAAAAUCACCCAAAUCUCACAGGAAGAAGAAAAUUGAAUAUAAAGGAGAUGAUAAUCUUGCAGAAAAUAUGAUUGACAGUUUUGGACAUGGAUUGAUGGCUUGUACUGAACAGCAGAGAGAUAAUAUGAUUAUUGAAUGGAUGAGUGCAGACUUAGAAUGUAGAGGGCAGUGUUUCAUACUUAUGAUACUCGACCAAUUAUUAACUUUGGUGAAAACCCAGAAGGAAAAGGCAUUUAUCUGUCUACAGAUACUCCACAUGAUAAAGAAACUGGAGAUUGAGGGUGAUGGAGAAAUAACAACAAUCAGUAAAGCUAUAAACUCCACCUGUAAUCAGAUAUUUAAUGGAAAGACGAUUAGUUUCACCCUUGUACUGUCUGUCUUAAACAGGAUGAUGGCAGCUAUUACCUUACCUAAAAAGCUCAAGGAUGUAAAUUACUGGUGUUACCAUGGUAAUAAAAAUGCAGAAGAUCAGAUUCUUGUUGUGUUAGUGGAAAUGUUUGAUUAUAUAUUAGACAAAGCGACCCAGGCAUUACCUUGUUCAGAGUCAUUCAGAGAUUUAUUUACAGAGACUGUUGAGGUUGUUUUCCCAGAUUCAGACUUACUAUUUAGAUUUCUAGGUCUACUUUGGACCCAGCAUUGUAACACCUCUGAAUCAAAGCUUGAAAUCUCACUACCAUUACAAGCCAGAGCAUUACAGAUUGGUAAAAUACACCUCCAGGAAUUGAGAUCUGGAAGUUUUACAGAAACAGACUGGACUACAGCAAUAAUUAAUUUAUUCCUGACGACAACAAGUUUAAACAAGUCCAUUCGAGAGAUGUCGGUGCAGUGUCUACAGAUCGUUCAGAACAAGAUGGAGGACUCCGCAUUCACUCCUGUCAUCAAGAAAGUGCUGAGAUGUUUACCAGAAAUUGUGGCUGACCCUGAGUUCAUUGAAUCUGUAAUGAAAGCAGUUUUCAAAUCUAUGGAUGAAGAAAAAGAGAAAACACCAAAGAAGAAGAGACAGUCUAUAACGCAAGCCAACAAAGAAGAAGCUCUCACAAUGAUCCUGGAUGUUAUAAGUGAUAAAUCUACCCCUCAUUUCAUACAGAAAUCUUUGUUGGAGUUAAUUAGGCAUUGUCAUAGCAGGAAAAUUCUGACAUCUUUGUUACCUAAGCUACAGCAAGAUUUGAAAGCACUGGAGGAUGGAAAUAAUAUGAGAGUAUUAUUUGACUGUUGUAAGAUGAUUUUGGAGAGAUUUGACCCUGAGUUUGGAGAGGUCAUAGAUUCUGAUGGAAUCCCUGUGUUAAUGUCUGCCUUGAAAUCUGCUGUGUGUAUAGACGAUAAUGAAGAUACUAUUCAACAAUUCUCUAUUUAUAUGAUAACAAAAGAUUUGUAUACAUCCCUGCAAAUGGAAUCACAGAAGAAAAUUCUAUCAACUUUAUAUUCCCUGUGGACAGAAUCAGAGAAUCCCUAUGUUCCCUCUUCUAUUAGGAAAACUCUUAGACAUCUUCCACUAAAUGGUAGCCAUGUUGCUGAUGAGUUGGAACAGUGUCUUAGUGUCUCAAAUGUUGGAACCCUAAGGGAAGCUAAAAGGAAGAAAAGCAGGCCAUCAGAAAUAGUAAAACCAAAGGAAGAUGGGUUUGAGAGUUUGUCAUGGCAACGAGUAACUGUGAUCCUAGAAUCUGUGCAGGGGAAGAAGAAAUUAGAAAAUUAUCAUGUGCUUCUGCCCAUCUGCUUCAACCUUAUGUCUAGGAUUUUGGAAUCAGAUGAUCACUCUUCAGGAGAAUACAUCAAACAAUUGGUACUGGCAUUAAUCCACCAUGUGUGUAGUAAAGUGGAUGUGGAUCAAACACAAAAACUAAUACCAGAACAAACAUUUAACAUGGAAUUGAUUGUACAGUGCGUAAGAAGUUCUGACAAUCCACAGACACAUCACCAGGCAUUACUGGUUCUAACAGUAGCUGCAGAACUUUACCCUGAGAAACUGUUACACAAUAUAAUGUCUGUGUUUACAUUCAUGGGAGAUACUAUACUGAGACAGGACGAUGCAUACAGCUUCCAUAUCAUCAGUAGAAUACUAGAAACAGUUAUACCAGCAUUAGUUACUGCAUGUGGACAAAGAAAAAGGGUACACAGGACUGUAUCUAACAAACCAGAAGAUGUCAUCACCAUGGUGAUUCGUGUAUUUGUUGAUGCCUUCCCACAUAUACCAAAUCACCGACGUCUGAUGUUGUUUACUAAACUAGUUUCUAUAGAGGGUGAUCUAUCUUAUCUGUGGAGAACAUUGUUACUAAUGACAGAACAAGUGGUCAGUAAAGGACCAGUAGUGGACACUGAGGAUGAAAGCACAGAAAAGAUUGACUCUGCACCAGACAGAGAGUUUAGAUUAAAUCUCUGCAGCCAUUUUACUUUGCCUGUACAACUGUCAGCUGCCAUAGAUAUAAUUGAUUACAUAAUGAAGCUUCCAGAUGAUAAGGACAUGGAAUCUUCAGCAAAGACGGUAUCUCUUCCCAAAUCUCUGGGACAACUAAAGAAAGAUGAUGUAGAACUGUUUAAUGUACAGUUUCAUACAGCCAAACAACUGAGACACUUUAGAUAUGAAUCUUUACAGCUGCUGAUAUCUCUCUUCACAAGUUCAACUUUCCUGUCACAGGUAUCAAGAGAACUAAAUGAAGAUUUACAGCAGGAUUUCCAGAAGUUGUUAGAAGUAAUAAUGGGAUGCCUGGCUCAGCUAUCAAAAUCUGUAGAGAAACAUUCAGAUAAACCAACAGCAAAAUUCUGGAGAGCUUUGUUUCAUAAGAUAUGUGAACUCUUAGAUAAGGUGGUAACAAUUUUACCAGAGAAAUUAUAUCUCCAAGUGGUAUUUGGUCUGAUGGCUCAUGAACUGUCACAUGUUAAGAGAAAAGCAAUGGAGUUACUGAAUGGUAGAUUACAUCAACAGAAAACAGAAUUUACUGGAGAGGAGGAAGCACUAUUACUCCCUCUGGUGGAUCAGUUAUGUGAAGUGGUUACCACAAUAACAUUGACAGGAGAGACAUCUGAGGAAAAUGCAGUAAACGGACAAUCAGCUUUCUACAGUCUCAAGUUAAUGAGUCGACACCUUGGUCACAAAAAUCAUCACACAUUUACUAAGGUUUUAAAGCUAGCCAUUAAGGUGUUUAAGAGGAGAUCAGAUAACUUACAAGUAGCAGGUUGUGCUUUAUUGUGUGUAGCAGAGUUAUGCCAUAGUCUCAAGGCUCAUGCUAUUCCUCAUUUGUCAGAGUUUAUGCCAUUGGUUCUCAAAGAAAUGAAGAAUGAAGAGAGGCUAACCAGUAAUGACCUGUAUAUGUUGAGUAUAGUGACAGCAAUACAGAAAGUUGUGGAGAAUUUAUCUCUAUUCCUUAGUCCUUAUCUUGAAGACAUUUUAUUCCAUAUUUGUAAUUUAUCAACAGACAGUUUAAAUGAUGAAGCAUUACAGAAGCCACAGUUACAACUUCGACUGAAGUCCAUCAGACAUACAUUAGCCACAACACUGCCACCAAGAGUUUUACUUCCUACUGUGGCAUCAUGCUAUCAUAGACUGGAAAAGAAAGAGAAAUUGUCCAGUAUAUGUUCUGUGAUGUCAGUGUUAGAGGAGCAUAUACAGUCCAUGUCAAAGGAAGAUUUAACAGCACACAUACAAGACUUACAGAAAUUCUUCUUAGAUGGUCUUAACUUCAGGUUCUUAUACUGUGAGCACCCAGAGAAGCAGAUUUCAGCAGUAGAAGGCAGCAUUAUAGAAACUUUUAUCACCAUGGUGAUGAAGCUGUCAGAAUCAACUUUCAGACCACUUCUCUUUAAGUUAUAUGACUGGGCAAGUAGAGAUGAAGAAACAAAAUACAGAGUAAUGGUGUUCUACAGACUGGCUGAUAGGUUGGCAGAGAAAUUGAGAAGUUUGUUUACAUUAUUUGCUAGUCAUAUAGUUCAGCAUGCUGCAAGCAUAAUAGAGAAAAAUAACAUUUCAAAAGCAGAAGAACCAUAUUUUUGUAAAGGAAACAGAGGAAGGAGAUUGUCCAAUCAGCUUCUUUGUUACAUAUUUGAUUGUUUGUACAAGUGUUUCUUAUAUGAUACUGAAGGAUUUGUUACAAAGGAGAGAUUUGAUAGUUUAAUGCAGCCAAUGGUUGAUCAGAUUGAGAAUUUCCAUCAUAAAGAUAAACAUUAUGAAAAGAGAAUUACAGACCAUCUGGUUCCCUGUAUAGUACAGUUUGCUGUUUCUUCUCAAGAUGAUUCUUUAUGGAAGAGCAUUAGUUACCAGAUUCUGUUGAAAACUAGGCAUGAUACCUCAAAGGUGAGGUAUGCAGCUCUGCAGUGUAUUGAUGCGUUCCAUCAGAAGUUAGGUGAAGAUUUCAUGCCAUUAUUGCCAGAGGCCAUACCAUUCUUAGCAGAGUUAAUGGAAGAUGAUAGUGAAGAGGUAGAAAAGAAAUGCCAGUCUGUGAUAGCUGAAAUGGAAAAGACAUUGGGAGAACCUCUCAAGAAAUAUUUUUAAAUAAAGAAAUUAUUUCAAAUCA